GCUUUGCUUUUGUCUUCUCUCACAGCACAACACCUCCUCAAGUCUCUCUCUGCUUUUUUUUUUUUUUUUUUGUUUGGUGUUCUCCAAAAAAAUUGAGCAGAGCAUAAGAGAAUAGCUCUCCGGACUUUUGGGUAGCAAGAAUUAUAGCUUAGAGGAAAGAGCUAGAGACUAUUAAGUGAAAUUGAUUUUUCGAAAUAGAAGUAGGCCUUUUCUGCGUAACGGGAAUGUUUGAUGAAACGGGAAUCUUUGGCAAUCUUGAUUUCCUCUCAACUCCUUGUGGAGAAGGAGAUGUGCCUCCCGAAGUUGAACCUGGCAGAGUGGUGGAUGAAAAUUAUAGUGAUGAGGAGAUGGACGUUGAUGAGCUGGAGAGGAGGAUGUGGAGAGAUAAAAUGCUACUCAGGAAGCUUAAAGGGCAGAAGAAGAUUAAGGAGGGAGUAGAUGAUGGCAUGAAGCAGCACCAAUCGCAGGAGCAAGCACGCAGGAAGAAGAUGUCACGUGCACAAGAUGGCAUAUUGAAGUACAUGCUCAAAAUGAUGGAGGUUUGUAAAGCUCAAGGUUUUGUGUACGGAAUUAUCCCUGAAAAUGGUAAACCUGUUACUGGUGCCUCUGAUAACCUUCGUGCCUGGUGGAAGGAGAAGGUUCGGUUUGAUAGGAAUGCUCCUGCUGCAAUUGCCAAGUAUUGGAUAGCACAUUCUAUCCCCGGAAAGGUUGAAGAUUGCUGUGACAUAACAUCAACUCCUCAUGCACUACAGGAGCUUCAGGAUACUACUCUGGGGUCACUCUUGUCGGCUCUGAUGCAGCACUGUGAUCCACCCCAAAGGCGGUUCCCUUUAGAGAAGGGUAUACCCCCACCUUGGUGGCCUAGUGGGAUUGAGGACUGGUGGCCUGAUUUGGGCCUACCAAAGGAUCAAGUUUUUCCUCCAUACAAAAAGCCUCAUGACUUGAAGAAGGCUUGGAAGGUGGGGGUUCUGACAGCGGUUAUUAAACACAUGUCACCUGACAUUUCUAAGAUUCAGAAGCUUGUUAGACAAUCUAAAUGUUUGCAGGAUAAGAUGACUGCCAAGGAGAGUGCUACUUGGCUGGACAAGACUUUCUGCCAAGGGAAAACAAAAAGGCAGCAAGCCUACAAAGGAAAACAUUCUGCAACUGAAACCAUUUAG